UAGUAGUAAAAUAGUAUUAUUACUUUCUUUGGCUGGUAUCGUGAAAUUCACUAUGAAUUAUUACGGUACAACAAUGGCACUGUCCAUGGUUCUGGAUAAUGAUGUUAUUCAGGCUGACAAUGUGAAGACUAUAUUACGAUUGGUUAUUACUUGGAUAACACCGAUCGAUGCUCAAGCUUCGUCCCUUCAUAAAAGGCAUAAUGACGAAGCUUACAAGGUCAAGGUUGACCAGGGUUUUGGCUCGAGAUACGUAGUUGGUCGUAGACAGUCUACCAGAGAAGAGCAACUUCCGCCAGAGUAUUACCUCCCGGCCAACCCGUAUACUGCUGAUUCGCCAAACGCACAAAUGUUUGAAAUCCUUGUGAUCAAAAUUGAUAAGCUCACAAAUCUAGUCAAAAUGAUUCUGAUUCGAAAUUUCGAUAAGGAUGGAAAUGGGGUACGAAAAGAACCUCAUCCAGGAUAUAAUGAUAUGUGGUGGGGGGAACAUGACGGUAAUGUAAACUCCAACAGGAAGAAUCUUGUCCAAUACGCGGCUAACGAUAUGCUUCGUAGACAAAUUCCCUAUGAGGAGGAUGAUGUUUCUGUGGUAAAAGAAUCCAGGCUUGCGAAUGAGGAGGAAACGUGAACAGUAUGUGAUUGCAAGAAAUGAUCUCGGACAAUGGAUAAAGCAAAAGUGCAUACAAAAUGUGCAUCAGGCUGCAAGUUAAUGGCCAUUUACUUUUGUAAUAAAAAAAAUUAUAAAAAAAAAAUAUUCCAUUCUAUUCGCAAUCGUGCGUAUCCACGUAUUACGUCAAUCCGUUCCUUUUGGUUUAAAUAAAAAAAAAAAAAUGCUUCCUGAUUCCUACAAA